GGAAAUGGCAGUGUGAAGUUAUGCUGCCUUACAUCCUGUUUCAUACAGUAUAUGUACUGCAGAGCGCUCAGAACAGACCUGAAUAAUUCUCCAAACGUCCUCAACAUUUCCCACUCCUCAAUCAGAAUUCUGAGAGUGUAAUUUUUAAGAUGACAAAAACAGAUUUCUCUGAUGGAGGAUUCCAGAUCAAAUUCUUGCCCCCUGUCUUCGGGCUGGAGUUCUGCACUGGCUUACUGGGGAAUGCUUUUGCCCUGUGGAUGAUGGUGACACGAGAGCGUCGGGACUGGCACUCAGGCGUGGUCUUCUCCUGCAACCUGGCCAUCAGUGACCUGCUCUACAUCUCCACACUGCCCAUGCUGCUUAUCUACUACAUGAAGAACAAGGACUGGACUUUUGGUGCAGCUCUCUGUAAGACCGAGCGCUUUCUCUUCACCUGUAACCUGUAUGUAAGCAUCCUCUUCAUCACCUGCAUCAGCCUGAACCGCUACCUGGCCAUCGUUCACCCCUUUUUUGCCCACCGCCACGUGCGACCCCACCACGCCAAAGUCACCAGCCUGCUUGUGUGGGUAGUGGUGGCACUCAUGUCCUCCCCUGUCCUCCGCUUUGCUCACACAUGCCCCAAGGAAAACACCACAGAAUGUGUCUCCUACUGCCUUGUGGAGGACCAGCAAGCUCAUUUCACAUACAGCAUCUUCCUGGCCGUAUUUGGAGGAUUGUUGCCCUUUAUAGUCACCCUGGUGUCUUAUGGCGCCAUCAUGUGGGUGGUGUGGAGAAAUCAGAAUAUUACAGAGCUUGAGAAGAGGAAGGUGGCGCUAUUGGUGGUCUCGGUGCUGGUCCUCUAUGCCGUGUCCGUAAUUCCCUACCACAUCCUACGCAACUGGCACCUCCACCAAAGGAUGUAUGAUAUAAAUUUGACCAAAGUUUGGGUCUAUAAGGCUUACCAGGUGACCAAGGGGCUGGUGACCCUCAGCAUGUGCAUUCACCCCAUCCUGUACAUGGCUGUAUUCGACAGCAUCCGCACUGCCUGCUGUGGGAGCACUGGAGUGAGUCAGAUCAACCAGAAUGAGACUGAAAAUGAGAUGGGAGUGGUUGCUAAUCAAGGCAAAUGACAGAAUUACACAAGGUAAUCAACUUUGAGAAAAGCUGUAUAAUCUGAAAAUGCUUUGCAGUCCAUUUAUCUCUGUAACUGCCUCAGUUGAUAAAUAAAAAUAUCAGCAUGGUGACUCCAAGCUGAAAAUCAG